AUGGCUGCAAUACGUAAGUGUGCGGAAAAGCUUCUAGAGGAUAGAGUCGAAGGCAGAGACUUACAAAUCUGCACUGAUAGUCAAGCCUCUAUAAUGGCACUGGAGAAGCCAGUAACUACCUCUAAGCUAGUUCAAAGGGUGAAAGAUACCUUAAAUGAACUAGGAACGAGGAAUAGAGUAACUAUUAUCUGGAUACCAGGUCACUCGGGAUACAACGGUUACGAAAAAGCUGACAAACUUGCAAAGCAGGGAGCUGAUAUGGAAGAACAACCGGACGGCGAGGUAGGAAUACCAUACCAAGAAGGAAACAACGCUAUUAGUAGAAUCAUGAGAAAGCAAAAAUGGAACACCUGGCCAGCAACUCUGGGACACAGAUGGUCCAAGGAGCUGCUCGGGAAAUACAUAAAUAGCUGGAACAUGGAGCUAAGGAACAUGAAGAGGAACGAUGCGCUUCUUAUCCUAUUAUUGUUUAUUGGGUACAGCGAGCUAAGAUGCUACACCCACAAAACACAGGGAAGAAGUUACCUACGUAGAUGGUGCGAAAGCGAGAAAGAAACCCCGAGACACGAACCUGGAGAAGCUGCUGUUUUGGCAGGGCAGCUGGUCUAUGGACAUCUGAGUGAGGGACAGAGGGAUGGGGAUACAAUCGUCUGA